AAAGAAACAAAAGUUGGCAACAAGUCUUCAGGACUUUUGUCUUUAAAGCAGCCAAAACAUUCAACUCUUUAUGUUAACACUGGCUGGUUAUAACAAGAAUACAAAGUUCUGGACCUUCGUGAAAAUUAUCAAUUUAAAAAUCAAGCACAAUUGUGAAUACAUUGAAGUAUACAGUUUGUCACAUUGAACAUGAAUGGAGCUUCUCACCACGCUGUCAGGAGAUGUCAUAAACCCCAAAACAACGCAGCCAGAGAGAGGUCACGUGUGAAAACAUUGAGGUCAGCCUUUCUUGACCUACAAAGGUCUCUCCCAGCUGUACCACCGAACACAAAACUAUCAAAGCUGGAUGUCUUGGUGUUGGCCACUACUUACAUCUACCACUUGACCAAAACUCUGGAGAGACAGGAUCACCAGAGUCUGACCAGUCCGGGAGUGAGCGGCUCCAACCUUACCUGGAAGCUGGACCACAGCUUGAAAUCUCACGUCCGUCAGCACAGCGCUCCUCUCGUUUACCGCCCUCAAGCCCAGAAUGCGUCUCGACACUGUAGACAUCACGCUCGAGGAUACCAUGUUCACGUGACUGGGCGCGUGCUGGAAAGAGAUGCGACAGAAGACCAUGUGAUAUUGUCUCGUCCUGUGGGUGUCAGCUGUGGUUCACAAACUGCAGGUCAACAUAUGUCUGGUCAGCAACUGAGUGGACACAUCGUGGAUGCGAAGAAAGAUGCGAGAGAAACUUCAGUAACAGGAGACAAUGUUGGACAUUUGAGUGCAUCAACGACACACCGGACACUUGGAGUGUUACGUCCUGUGAAGAAGUGGCCAAUGAGAUCAAGACUUUAUGACAGCAUUCUGGGAUGUACGACAAAAGGGACAUUACUUUCACAUUACAAGUGACUUUCAUACUUAAGUUGUUUUUUUUUAAUUAAAAAAAUUCUUGAGUAAAAAAAUACAUUUGAGGGGAAGAAGCGACAAGAAUUUGUCACUAGUAAGACAACCACUAACAGACAUUUUAAAGCUUGAAAAUGUAAACAUCUUUUUUUUUUAUUAUUAAUAUGUGAGUGUUCAGAAAUUAAUACAUGAUUUUUCAUUAAUAACAUAUUUUACAUACUACCACUCUUAUAAGUACUAACAUAGCCCCCCCCCCUCCUGUUCUGGGGCAACAACAGAUUUCCCUGUUCUGAGGCAACUGCACAUUUCCACAGUCCCCUGUUCUGAGCAACAAAUUUCCAUAGUCCCCUGUUCUGAGCAACAGAUUUCCAUAGUCCCCUGUUCUGAGCAACACAUGUCCACAGUCCCCUGUACUGAGCAACAGAUUUCCAUAGUCCCCUGAUCUGAAGCAACAAAUUUCCAUAGUCCCCUGAUCUGAAGCAACAAAUUUCCAUAGUCCCCUGUUCAGGCAACAAAUUUCCCAAGUCCCCUGAUCUGAGGCACAAAACUCUGGUGAUUUUGAUAUUUAAUUAUUAAUAUUGCAAGAAUGAUAAUGAAGUCUUUGUCUUUGAAAUCUGAUGUUUAAGGAAUACUUGUAUUUUCAUAUGGCUAAAUAUUUGUAUUAGACUGAAAUCUCAUUCACCUUUACCAGCUAACAAAUUGUGUUCAUAGAAAUGACCAAAGUAAACAGAAAUGUGUUGGAAUUUUUUAAAAAAUAAUUCCUCUAUAUAGCUUACAAAUUCAUUGACAAAACCUGGGUGGAAAAACGUGGACACGUUCUAAAAAAAAUGGCUCUAAAAUAUUCUUUGGGAAAACAAUUGCCAACUAUUUUGCCCCAUUUGGAAAACUAGUUUGAAUAUUAUCAAAUUAUCAAAGAAAAUAAUUUAAGUUUUAAGAGGAAUAGACUAGACUACUUUUUCUGGUAUUUCAGCAUGUAGGCUCUAUUCAUUAAAAUACUUUAAUAAAGAUCAGGAACAUUUUGAGCAACAUCUUCUAAGUCUAGAUAUUCAGGUCUAAUAUUAUCUGACUCUGAGUAGAUUUAUACAUUCACUUAAACAGAAUUUUUUUCAUGGGGAUAAAAUUGGGGUGGUGUAAAAAAUGUUCCAUUUUUUGUUUAUUAAGAAUAAAAUAUUUGAUAUUAUGAAAGUCAAAGAUUUUACAGAGGAUGAAUUAUCUUUAAACUUUUUUUUUAAAUUUUGC